AUGGCAGCCUGGUCUUUCCUUGAGCAGCGGAAAACCUCUAGUUCAACUCUGUUCCAAAUGACCUUGGCCACUAUUCUGAUGGUUCCUGUUCUUGGUGACUGUGGACCUCCACCCAGUUUACCAUUUGCUUCUCCAAUCAACCAGUUGUAUAAAACAAUCUUCCCACCUGGAACUGUUCUGAAAUACACCUGCUUCCAUGGCUUCAAGAAAGUCAAUACAAGCCACCUGACUUGUGAUGAGAACGGCUUGUGGAUGUACAGUAACUUCUGUGCCAAGAAACGAUGCAGAAACCCCGGCGAGUUGGUCAAUGGCAAAGUAGAAAUUAUGACUGAUAUUUUCUUAGGUUCAACCAUAGAGUUCAGCUGCUCAAAGGGCUUUCUUCUGAUUGGCUCAACAACUAGCCGGUGUGAAGUCCACGGUAAAGGAGUUGACUGGAGUGAUUCUCUCCCAGAAUGUGUAAUUGUCACGUGCGAGUCCCCUCCAGAGAUCAGCAACGGGAAACACAGCGGGAGAAAGGAGGACAUCUACACAUAUGGCUCCUCGGUCACCUACAGCUGUGAUCCCAGCUUCACACUCCUUGGCAAUGACUCCCUUACCUGCACCGUGGUGAACAAAACAGUAGGUGUUUGGAGCCCAAGUCCCCCUACUUGUGGAAAAAUCAACUGUCACCAGCCACAGAUUCCAAAGGGGCACCUGGUCUCUGGAUUUCAACAGUCCUAUUAUUACAGAGACUCUGUUGAGAUCAGCUGCAAGAAGGGUUAUGUCCUCAGAGGCAGCAGCUUAAUCUACUGUGAAGCUAAUAGCGAGUGGUACCCUUCUGUCCCCACUUGUGAACCCAGUGGCUGUAUUGGCUCACCAGAAAUUCCCCAUGCUUUGUGGGAGGGAAAUAAGCUUCCCUUAAGAGAUUUUGAAGUAUUUGAAAUUGGGACCAAUUUGAAAUACCAGUGCAAGCCUGGAUAUCGACCAGUUCUUAACGAGGCCCAGUUUGUGACUUGUCAGGAAAACCUGUCAUGGUCACCUUCCAAAGGAUGUGAAAAGAUAUGCUGCCCGAUACCAAAUAUGGAGAAAAUCAGAAUUGUAAGCGAAAGGCGAGACUUCAGUGGUGUAUGCAUCUAUGCCUAUAGAGACUACAUCUUCUACAUCUGUAAUGAAGAUUCUUACCCUGUGCCUAUCGACCGAAGAAGUUUGUGUGAAGCAGAUGGGAAGUGGUACCCUGAGAUACCUUCAUGCCAUGCGGACUCAUGUCUGCAAAACCAUGAUGCUGUUGCCUUACACAAUGUGUCAGACACAAGCAUGGAGAGCAGUAAAUAUCUAGCUGAUGAUGCAGAAAGCUCAAAGGACAUUUUCGCUAGAGGUAUGUGUCCCAAACCAAUGAUCAUGCAUGGAAGCCUGUUUGUGGAGAAGGACCACUACGUUGAAAUGGAAAAUGUCACCAUUCAGUGUGACACUGGAUAUGACCUAGUUGGUUCCUCAACCAUCUUCUGCUCGGAGAACAAGACAUGGUUCCCUGAGAUACCGAACUGUAAAGAGGGCCUUGACGACUGCAGACUAGUGAAUGAAGGCAGAAAGAUCCUGCAGUGCCUCUCAAGCCCAGAAGAUGUGAGAAGGGCCCUGCAGGUGUACAAGCUGUUUCUGGAGGUCAAAAUAUUAGAACAGGAGACUGAGAAAUGGACCAGGGCCUACAAGAAACCUUUUGAACAUCUGAAAAUGAAGAGGCUGUUCAGGCCUUUUGGUUAA